AUGAGUGGAACAAAGUCCUGGUCCGGUGCUCAUACCAUAACCGUAACAACAACCCUAACCGUCACCGUCACCGCCUUCCCCUCCGCCUUUUCCUCCGCCAACCAAACCUUCCCCAACAUCACCACCACGGACGUGAGCGCACCAGCGACGACCAGCGAUGAUUUUGCGCCGAUCACAUUGAUCACGCUGCCUACCGAGGCGGCUGCGACUACGGGGUCGAGCGAUGGUCUGGCGCCCAUUACGUUGAUCACGCUUCCUACGACUACGGAUGGUGGAGUGGGAGAUGCGGCGCCGACGCCGAAUGAUCUUGAGCCGAUUACUUUGAUUGAUAUUAGUGCUGUUACGCCUAUCUAG